GGGAGUUUCGAAGGGCGUCGUCGUCGUCUCGAGCCAUGGACCGGUACCUUCUCUUCAUGAGCUGGCGCGGCCGGCGAGGCGAGGCGGGACCCGAAGGUCUUUCAGGGUUGACUGCUGAAAGUAUUUAUGACUUGCUGGAAACAAACUGUAAUGCCUCUCCAAACACAAAACAUGAAGGUUUCCCAGCAUGUUCAGUUGCUGGGAUUCCAGGUGUGAAGGAAUGGUAUUUUGCAAUACAGUCAAUAUGUGGAUUUUCUCAGUUCUGUAGUUCUGACUGGGAGGACAUUGAUUUUGACCUAGACAAAGAUCAAAGCAAAAACUCGAUUCGAAGAAAUAUUGAGGAGUGCCUUGGUGAUGUUCAAAGCACUGAGGAAGAAGAUAGUAAUAGCCGGGAAUCAUUAUCACUCAUUGAUCUCUAUGAGGAAUCUGCAGAGAAUAUACAUCUGUUAGCAGACAAGCUUCCUGCUCCUGGAAAAGCAAUGGUUGAUGUAAUACUGCAGUCUUCAGAAAGAGAUGCCCCCAGAUUCAAAGACUGCUUACCUGUCAUUGGUGCUUUGAAACACCUGAGAGAAUGGCAUGCAGCAAACAUCACUAUUGUAGCAAAUGAAAGCAAAACUAGUUGGCAAAAAAUUGCAGACUAUCUUUCUGCUGAUAUUGUGGCUUCUGAAAACUUAAAAAAUAGCAUUGAUUCAAGAGAAUUGUGGAGAGGAAAGAUUCAGAUCUGGGAGCGAAAGUUCGGAUCUGAAAUUACUUUUCCAGAUUUCUGUAUAAUAGGCACUGCAUCAGGAAGGCCACUCAACACCUUGUUACAUAAUACUUUCUUUGCUGCUGAUGAAACUAAACAGACAAAGAAUAUGAAUAUCCAUUUGCCAGAGGUUUUCCAUUAUUAUGGUCAUGCAUUAAAAUUUGUACAAAUUGUGCUGCUGUCACAUCUGCCUUCGUCUUUAGUGUCAGACUUUCAGUUUGAGCUGAGCUUGGCAAGAACUGAUGUUGAGGAGAAAUCGUUGCUAUUUUGGGAUCGGAUAUCUUCUCUGCAUGGAAAGAUAGGAGCUUUAUUUGUACUGCCUUGCAGUGUAAGUGGCAUGUUGAUUCCUUUACCGAGCCAGCUGAGUACAAAAAAAUGGAAGGAAUAUAUAGCUCGGAAACCCAAAGACAUCAGUGUUCCAGAAGUUGAGCUGAAAGGAGAAACUUGCAACUAUUAUUUCUUAGUACAAGGCAAUGGCUGUGGAGGAUGUAAAGCAACAUUGAUCUAUUCAGCCGGCCAGAUCAAUGGCUCAGUCACUCUUGCAGAAACAAUUGGAAAAUUGAACACAAAGACAGGAGAGACAGAAGCAGGCUUAUUUCAAGAGUUUGUUAGAUCUCUUCCACAUUUCCACGGAGAACAGAUUUUACAAAGAGAGAAGAAGCUGGCUUGUGUCCAAGCAUUGGCUUUGAAUCACUGCCUGAAAAGGCAGGAAUCUUCAAGACAAUUGUCAGUGGCAUUAGCUGAUGAACUGAAAACCCUGCUCACACGUACAAGAGAAUACUUUUUAGAGUUGUGGAAUGCUAACCAUCCAAAUAACGUUUCUCCAAUAACAUCUGUCAAAACCAAAGGCCAGGUGACAGUUUGUGAUUUGGAAUUAAAAGAUUCAAAUCCUAUGAAGUGGGCAGAAAGACAUGUCCUCCAGAAUUUAGAAAAUUUUGAAAAAAUUAAACAGAAGACAAGAGUUUCUGAACAACUGCUGGGCCGUAAAGAUGGCCAAAGGGGGUCAGCGACAUUGCUUGAUGCUAAAGAGCUUCUGAAGUAUUUCACCCCGGAAGGGCUGCCCGUUGGGGAUCUGCAGCCUUUACACAUUCAAAAAGGUGACAAUGCUUUUCUUCUGACACCAAAGCUAACACCUUGGAAACUGAGAACUUUGCCAUUUGAAAAAGCUGCUGACUGCCAUUACCACGGCCUUGAAUACUGUUUAGACACCAGAAGAGCUUUGGAAAGAGAUGUGGGAUUUGCUGAACUUCAGACUCGUCUUAUCCGCUACGAAACUCAGACUACCUGCACAAAGGAAUGCUGUCCUGUGCCGUGCGUCUUGAGCCCUCUGCCAUCUCCUGCUGUUUUGUCAGAGCCUGGAAGCAUCCCCGACGGGGAAUCUUUACAGAGGGAUCUCCAAACUGAGGCAUCCAGGUUAAAACGCAGAUCAAAAGAUCUGGAAGGCUUUUAUCCCAACAAGAGGUUACUGAAAUCUGAAAGUACAGAUUACUUGUCCCAGGCGAGCGGAAGCAGUGCUAGUCGCCAUUUAGGAGUUGUCACACGGCAGGGCCUGGAGGCAUCAGUCUCUCUACCGUCUGUAACUGUCAAACAGUCUCGAAACUGGGCGCACAAAGUAACCCCCAAGAGCAGCGCUGCAAGCCAGAGGUGUGGCAAAGAGGCAGAAAUAUUGAAGCCCACAAAGGAAUCAAGAUUUCAGAAGCAUACGCGGAUGCUGAAGGAGGUGGUGACCAAAACCCUUGAGAAGCAUGGCAUUGCUGAAGACCACAAGUGCUUUGCAUCGUGCAGCCAGCGUCUGUUUGAGAUAUCCAAGUGUUAUUUAAAGGAUCUGAAAACAUCUAGGGGGCUGUUUGAUGAAAUGAAGAAAGCUGCUAACAGCAAUGUUAAACAGGUCAUUGAAUGGGUUUUAGAGAAGGCCAAGGAGAAAUGAUGUGUGAUAGAGCCCUUGCCAUUCUGUGGAGAGUCUUUAGCGCAGCACAUUACAUGGACAGCUUGGAGUGCCUUGUUAAUGUAACUCAAGUGCCUAAAACUAACAGUAAUUGCAGAGGUCCGCAGUGUUAAAACGUAUCUUAGAGCGAGCCACUUUUUUAUAUAUAUAUUUAUUACAUCAUAGUGUAUGAUGUGAGAUGAUGAACGCUUUGUUUUCUUGUGUGUGGCUUUGCUUCAGAGAAUAAUAAAAGAGAGCCUU